UCAGCUUGAUACUUCCCAGUCUCUUUACUUCCCUAUCAUUUGGUUGUGCUUUCAUUUGUAUGUUCUAAGUUGAUAUUCCCUUGUUCUGGAUUCGAAGCCAUUUUGCUUGAGCUCAAAAUUCAAUUGAGUCAUAUCAGCAAAAGAUCUUCAAGACUCCCACCAGAAAAAUAGGCACAGUUAGGAGGGCGAGAAGAUAGCCAGGAUGGCGGCGCCAGCGAUAUUACCCAUGACCCCGAGCUUAUCCAGUUAUAUUCAAUCCUUGAAACAAAGCUCAGUCGAGGCAUCCACAGAAAAUUUAAUAACGCUCUUAAAAAGACGCCACAUCCGACAGCCGCACUCAUGUGCGCUUGCGACCGCGCAUCUCCUUUUGAGGGCUAUGCACACCAAUAAAUCAAAUGACCCGGCGACGUUAAUCGACCAUGUCAAGCGAAUUGGUAGACGAUUGGUGUCAGCGCAGCCCAGACAACUGAUCGUUGGCAACAUUGUCCGCCGUGUAUUGGGUAUGAUGAGAGAUGAAGCUGAGAGCUGGAAACGAGACUGCGGAAUGAUGAGCGACGCCGGAUCAGACGAUACGCGCCCUCAUACCCCUCCUCACGGUGGUUUUCACAACCUCGCGCGUCUGCCAACACACCCCGGCGGCGCACUCGAGAAGCUAUCGCACCUCGAUUCUCUAGAAAGGCCGUCCUUCACAGGUCACGUUACGGCAGCACCCGCUCUUCCAGGAACGUCAAUGUUUAAUUUGCUUUCAUAUCCACCUGAGUCUACAGACCCCAAUUCGCCUAUCAGCGUUUCCCGAGGAGAGCCAGAUACUAGCGACGAUAAGCCCCGAGAUUACCGAGGUGAAGUGUUUGAUGGUAUAAAAGAGAUACUCGAAGAGCUGAACCAGGCGAAUGACCAGAUUGCGGCCUAUGCGCUCGAUCACAUCCAUUCAAACGAGGUGAUUCUCACCCACACAGCGUCAACCACGGUGCAAAAGUUCCUCCUCAAAGCUGCAGCAAAACGAAAGUUCAGCGUUAUUCAGGUAGAAUCAUAUCCAAACAACCAUGAUGAUACCCAUGCGACAGUAACUGGUAUCAGGAGUGGCGACGAAGAACGGUUGACGCCGGAAGCAUUCCAGAAACCAUUAAUUGCCCAAGGAAUCACCGUUAUCUUGAUACCCGAUUCAGCGGUAUUUGCGUUGAUGUCACAGGUCAAUAAAGUCAUUCUUGGGACCGAUUGUGUCCUUGCAAAUGGUGGCUUGGUUGCUGCCGCAGGGACAAGGCUCAUUGCUAAUGCUGCGAAAGCGCACAAGACCCCAGUAGUUGUUGUGAGCGGUGUAUACAAACUGAGCCCUGUAUACCCAUUUGACCAGCAGUCUUUGGUGGAAUAUGGAGAUCCAAGUGCGGUGCUUCCCUAUGAAGAUGGAGAGCUGGUGGACAACAUUGAUGUGGUGAAUCCAUUGUCUGACUACGUGCCCGCCGAGCUGAUCGACCUUUAUAUCACAAAUAUUGGGGGUCAUGCACCGUCAUAUCUAUACCGCAUUGUGGCAGAUCACUAUCGCAAUGAAGAUGUCAAAUUGUGACACGAACAUGAGUCUUGAACUUCGAAUCAUGAUGCAAUGACAUUUAUAAUUUUAUGAACAUUAUCAUAGAGAAAAUGGAAAUAGGCUAUUUCUUUACCGGUAUUUCCAUGGGUGCUACUUGUUCCCCAAGACCAACAUGAACCCAGUCGGGUUAAGAGGUAGCAUUUCAACACCGUAGA